AUUUCUUUGUUUAUCCAACAGAGUACUGCUGUGAGCUGUCAGCUGUAGGCUGUAGGGUUAGAAAUAUGGUUGGAUGUACAAUACCCUUUUGUAAUAACAGAUCGGAGAAAGGAUAUAUUAUGAAACAAUUUCCAAAAGAUCCAAAACGCAAAAAAGAAUGGAUUAAAAGUAUAAGUAGCAAAUAUAAAAAUUGGACAUUAUCAUCAAAAAAUCCAUAUUUGUGUGAGGUACAUUUUUCUCCUGAAAUGUGGGAACAGAGAAUGGAUAACAAAAAAAAAUUAAAACUAAAUGCAGUGCCAGAAAUUUUUGAAUUUUUUUUGAAGAAAAAAAUUGUGGAAGGUGUACUUGAUACAUCAUCGACAAUCAAUGCGGUUGAAGGUGAACUUAUUAAUACAUCAUCGGCAAUCAAUGCGGUUGAAGGUGAACUUAUUAUUACAUCAUCGACAACCAAUGUGAUUGAAGAUGAACUUAUUAAUACAUCAUCGACAACCAAUGUGAUUGAAGAUGAACUUAUUAAUACAUCCUCGACAAUCAAUGCAGUCCCCAGUACAUCGUCAACAGAAUGUAUAAUAACUAAUAUCGAUACACAAAAAGAAAAGGAUGAAAAUCAAAAAAGAGAAGAAAAAAUUCGAAAACUGGAAAGGCGUUUAUUUCUUCAGCGCAAAAAAAUAAAGAUUUUAAGAUUAACAUUACAAACAUUUAAAAAUAAAACUAACAAUGAUAAAUAUAAAAAAGCUUUAAAGAAAAUAUGCAAUGAGGAUCAAAUUAGAGCUUUAUUUACAAAAACAGGAAGAACAAGAAAUUGGCUUAACGUAACUGUUCAACGUGCGCUUAGAUUGAGAUUUACUUGUGGUAUGAAUGGUUACGAAGAACUUUUGAAACAAGGAAUCAAUGUGUCCAUGCUCUCCACAUUCGAAGCACUUGGUGCCCCGUUCCUUCGUCGGACAUGUUACACCCAUUAG